AUGGUCGAUGUCAGAGAGAGGAAACGAAAUGGCGACGAGAGGAAGCCGCUCGUCGAUGAGGCGAAGCUCCACGCACUGCAGCAGUAUCAGGACUCGGAGGGGCAUUUCACUCUUGUUCGAAACUUUCGCCUCGCAGAUCUUGUUACGAUCAUGAACGGCUUCUGUGGCUGUUUCUCCAUAUUCUACUCCGCGCAUUACCUUCUCUCAAACGACAAAGCACAUCUCUACACUGCCCUCGCUUUUCCACUCGCUGGAAUGAUGUUCGAUUUUAUGGACGGGAAAGUGGCAAGGUGGACGAACAGCAGUAGCAUGCUGGGACAAGAGAUGGACUCGCUGGCAGAUCUGGUUUCGUUUGGUAUUGCUCCUUCAUUACUCGCAUUUUGCUGUGGGUUAAGAACGAUGCUUGACACCAUCAUUCUUACCCUCUUUGCCUGCUGUGGUCUUGCUCGCUUAGCACGGUUCAAUGCCACGGUUGCCUUAGUACCGAAAGACGACUCUGGCAAGGCCAAGUACUUCGAAGGAUUGCCCAUCCCAAGCACACUAGCGCUGGUGGGCCUGAUGACCUACUGGACGAGCCAGGGUUGGAUCACGAGUGAGGAGGGCGUGCCCUUUGGUUCGGUCACGUUAUGGGGCCAACCGGGUGGGAACGGAGAGGUACACUAUGUUUGCGUAAUUUUCGCUGCUUGGGCAGCGGCCAUGGUGAGCAAGACGCUCAAGGUGCCCAAGCCUUAAGGCGAUAAUGAGCGAUGGAAAGUGAUGACUUCGUAUGCGAACGUGGACUGUAUCUAAUGAUAAUAGACGAUUCC